UGGAAGGACGUGCGUUUCAUGGGCUCCCAAGGAGCGGUGGUUGCGGCUAACAGCGGCCGCGGUGACAGGAUCGACGGAAUGGAUACCGAGGGAUACGAAGUGGUUUUGCCUACUCUGCCAUCAGGUCGUAGUGUUUUGAAUACGUUAUUUUUGCACGCGGAUGUCCGGUCGAGGCCUUACCGAGUCGAACAUUUCCGGGACACGUUGGCGCGUCUUGGUUUGCUCCCCGAAGUGGUGGCGUUGGGGGCAUAUCAGAUGAGCCACGUAUGGGCUGUGACUUUCAAGAGCACGGAAGGGAUAAAGAAAGCUUUGGCAUGCGGCGAAAUGAAGGUGAAGGGCCAACGUUGUUUGGUUAUUGAUCCGGCAAACCAGGACGUGCGUCUGAAGCUUCACUGGCUUCUCUUCAAUGUGGCUGACGAUGAUGUGCGUGUAGCGCUUGCUCCGUUCGGAAAGGUGACCGAGGUCUCGAAGGAAAAGUGGAGAGUUCAAGGUAUCCAAGACAAGGGGUCGACGACACGCCUCGUGCGCCUCAACCUCCAUAACGGCAUUAAGGUUGAUGACCUUCCACACCAGCUUCGCGUAGCUGGUGACAUGGCCAUUCUAGUCGCUCCCGGUAGAGCGCCACUGUGCCUGCGGUGUCACAGUAAGGGCCAUAUCAGACGAGAAUGCCGAGUUCCUCGCUGCACGCACUGCCGUCGUUUUGGACACGAAGAAUCUCAGUGCGUGAAGACGUACGCAAGUGUUGCGGUUGGUGGAGAAGACACUGCGGAACUCGUCAUGGACGAGGCUGACGCUGAAGAAGCCGCAAGCGAAGCAACGUCGAAGCUCGAGGAACUUGAUGCGGCAACGUUAGCCCCACCCGACAUGCCCCAAGACGCGAAUGUUAACAAGGAAAGCCGAAAGCUGACCGACGCAGCUGGCGAUGCAGCUGGCGACGCCACCGGCGUCGUGAAAGUGCAGGAUGCCUCAACGCCGUCGAAGUCACCUGAGGAGCCAGUAGUCAUGGACGUAAGCGAGGGAACAAGCGGAGCCUCAGUCUCCAAGCGCGGCCACGACGUUACGCUGGACGAGCAUGAGGCCCUGGCUUCAAGGAUCUCGGAAGGGCCACCACCAAAGGCGGCGAGCAUUCGGCGGUCAACGCUGAGGGCGCGUCCGAACAUACCUCCGGACCGGAGGGCGGCGGAGACGCCGCCGACGUAGCCGCGAGAGCGUGUGCUUCGCGGCGUCUCUUCUAGUCUACGCAGUUACCAAGCCAAACUCAAGGGACGAUGGAACGCCAUGACAGGGAC